UCCACGAUGCCCAGCACGCUCAACAUCACCGCUCUCACCGCCGCCAACGGCAUCUCCGUGCUCGAGUGCUGGGCCCUCGACCCCGGAUUCGUCUCGUCGUCUCAGGUGGGAACCACAGGCGCAAGCUCGCUCCAGCUUGGUAAUUUCGCCAAUGGCAGCUACUCCAUCCUCCCACCGCGCUUUAACGCGGGCUUGCACAACGCGCCAAAUGUCCAAUUCGUCGUAUUCUUAUCUGGCCUCGCGCACAUCACCCUGCCCAACUCCACAGAUGAAGCAUGGGUCCAGGGCGGCCGCAACGGCAUCAUCAUUGCCACUGACACGGCCGCCCUCAGCGCCGGACACCGCACCGAGUAUCCCUCUGGCGACGAGACCCUCGCGCUGCAAAUUCCGACGGCGGAUGGCAAGGUGCCCGGACACAUCCUCGUGCACUCCGGUCCCUGCGAGCCGAAGCUCCAGAUAGCACGGCGGGAGUUGGACGAGCUGGAUUAG